AUGCUCUCUUUGUUUCACUAAAAAGAGCGAAUGGGGUUUUGCAAAUUUUCCAAGUUUAGUGUUCUGUUCCUGAUCAGCAUUCUCUUUGUAGCUACCGCGGAAGAGAAUGCUAGAAUUGGGAAGGAUCGAGUUUCGUUGCUUUUAUUCAUGUCAGGCAUUGUUUUAGACCCUGAACCUGCUCUGGAAGAUUGGAAUUCAAGUGUGCAUGUGUGCAACUGGACAGGAGUCCAGUGCAACCAAGCUAGAGAUCAAGUUGUGCAGCUUGACCUGAGUGGAAGGUCACUUAAGGGCACUAUUUCUCCCGCUCUUGCUAAUCUUUCUUCUUUGUUGGUUCUUGAUUUGUCAAAGAACUUCUUUGAAGGUCAUAUUCCAGCAGAGCUAGGUUCCCUUGUUCAGCUCAAACAACUUAGUCUAUCAUGGAAUCUUCUUGAAGGAAGCAUUCCUUCAGAGUUGGGUUUUCUUCACCAAUUAGUAUAUCUUGAUUUAGCGAAUAAUGGGCUUGUGGGAGAUAUUCCAGCUCCUCUUUUCUGCAAUGGAUCGUAUUCUUUGCAAUAUAUUGAUCUUUCUAACAAUUCUCUUAGUGGUCGAAUCCCUUUGAAGAAUGAAUGUGUACUUCGGGAGUUGAGGUUUUUGUUACUCUGGUCGAAUAGACUAGUUGGUCCGGUGCCUCAAGCCCUUUCAAACUCCUCAAGGCUUCAAUGGCUUGAUUUGGAGUCAAACAUGUUAAAUGGGGAGUUGCCAUCGGACAUGGUACGUCAAAUGCCGCAGUUGCAGUUCCUCUAUUUGUCCUAUAAUGAGUUUGUUAGCCAUGAUGGUAACACUAACCUUGAACCGUUUUUUGCUUCUUUACUCAAUUCCUCUAACUUCCAAGAACUAGAAUUAGCCGGAAAUAAUCUUGGUGGGGAGAUACCUCCUAUUAUUGGUUAUCUUUCAACCAAUCUUGUGCAAAUUCAUCUAGAUGAUAAUCUCAUAUACGGUUCGAUUCCUCCUCGCAUUUCAAACCUUGUGAAUCUUACCCUCUUGAACUUGUCUAGCAACCUUUUGAAUGGAACCAUCCCACCUGAACUAUGCAGAAUGGAAAAACUAGAGAGAGUUUAUCUGUCAAAUAAUUCACUCUCCGGUGAGAUUCCAGCAGCUCUAGGAAAUAUCACGCAUUUAGGUCUGUUAGAUUUAUCAAAGAACAAGCUUUCAGGUUCAAUUCCUGACAGUUUUGCCAACCUCUCCCAGCUAAGAAGACUCCUGCUUUUUGGAAAUCAGCUUUCAGGGAAAAUUCCUCCAAGUCUAGGAAAAUGUGUCAACUUGGAGAUUUUAGACCUUUCUCAUAAUAAACUUUUGGGGAUAAUCCCUGGUGAAGUUGCCGGAUUGAGGAGCUUGAAGUUAUACCUGAAUUUGUCUAGCAAUCACCUUCAAGGACCUUUACCACUAGAGCUGAGUAAAAUGGAUAUGGUGUUAGCAAUUGAUCUGUCUUCUAAUAACCUCUCAGGUACAAUCCCAUCGCAGCUUGGGAGCUGCAUUGCCCUCGAGUACCUCAACCUUUCUGGUAAUCUCUUAGAAGGUGAACUUCCAGCUUUUAUAGGACAGUUGCCUUACCUUAAAGAACUAGAUGUAGCUUUAAACCAGUUAACCGGAGACAUACCACUAACUUUUCAGGCAUCAUCAACUCUCAAGGAAAUGAACUUCUCUUUUAACAAGUUCCACGGGAAUAUAUCAGGCAAGGGAGCAUUUUCAUUGCUGACUUUAGACUCUUUCCUGGGAAAUGAUGGUCUUUGUGGUUCGAUAAAAGGCAUGCCAAAAUGCCGAAGGAAACAUCCUUCUCAUUUGGUUAUAUUUUUGCCAAUCAUCAUGUCAUUGCUUGCAAUUCCUUUGUUGUUUAUGUUUGGAUAUCCUCUGGUGCUCAAGUCAAAGUUCAGAAGUCGACUGCCAGUAUUCAAUGGAGGGGACUUCGAAGAUGAGGAAAAAGAAAAGACAGAGCUCAAGUACCCAAGGAUCUCAUAUCGACAACUUAUUGAAGCCACUGGUGGGUUCAGUGCUUCAAGCUUAAUUGGUUCAGGCCGGUUUGGUCAUGUAUAUAAAGGAACUCUUGGGGACAAUACAAGAAUAGCUGUGAAGGUUUUGGAUACAAAGACAGCUGGAGAAAUUUCAGGGAGUUUUAAGAGAGAAUGUGAAGUUCUAAAGAGAACCAGGCACAGAAAUUUGAUUAGGAUCAUAACAAUUUGCAGCAAGCCAGAUUUCAAGGCUCUUGUCCUUCCUCUGAUGCCAAAUGGGAGCCUAGAGAGGCAUCUAUACCCAAGCCACGGAUUAAGUUAUGGCUUAGAUUUGAUUCAGUUGGUGAACAUCUGUAGUGAUGUUGCUGAGGGGGUUGCUUAUCUGCACCAUCACUCUCCAGUUAAAGUUGUGCACUGUGAUCUUAAACCAAGCAAUAUUCUUCUUGACGAAGACAUGACUGCUUUGGUGACUGAUUUUGGAAUUGCAAGAUUGGUCAAAGGUGCCGAUGAGAGUAUUUCUGCAAAUGAUCCAAUCUCCUAUAGCUCAGCAGAUGGCUUGCUAUGUGGAUCUGUCGGCUAUAUAGCUCCUGAAUAUGGAAUGGGCAAACGCGCCUCCACUCAAGGGGAUGUAUACAGUUUUGGGGUCCUUUUGUUGGAAAUUGUUUCAGGAAUGCGACCUACUGACCAUGAAGGUACAAGCUUGCAUGAAUGGGUAAAAAGUCACUAUCCCCAUAAGCUUGAAGCCAUAGUAGAGCAAGCAUUGAUCAGGUGCAGGCCUGCUGCAGUGCCAACAAAUUAUGACGAAAUGUGGCGUGAUGUAAUUUUGGAACUGAUUGAACUUGGCCUUAUGUGUACACAGUACAAUCCCUCAACGAGACCAACCAUGCUAGAUGUAGCCCAGGAGAUGGGGCGGCUAAAGCAGUAUCUGGCUAAUCCUGCCUCGAUGUUGACCGGAGAGGCCUCUUCUAAGGCUGAUGCUUUCUGA